AUGGCAUCACACUGCUCAGUUUACCAGGCAAGGUUCUCCCACAAUUUUCUGAAAUGGAUCUACGACCACCUGCUAAGGCACCAGAGACCAAAGCAGUCUGAAUCCACAAUAGAACGUCGUCAUGGGUUGCUUGCAGAAAUAUGGAACUGUCUGCGGCUGAAAGGGGUGGGAGAAAAGCACAUUCGUCUCAUCCAAGAUAUGUACGAAGGGUGUCAGACCCAAGUCAGAUGUGCGGCAGGAGAGACGGAGGUCUUUGAGGUUGCGGUUGGACUGCAUCAGGGCUCUGCACUCAGCCCUUUCCUGUACGCGAUCAUAAUCGACUGUCUAACCCAAGAAGUGCAGAGGGAAGCGCCAUGGGAUAUGCUGUUUGCGGACGAUGUCGUGGUGUGCGGGAACAGGAGGGAUGAAAUUGAAGAGAGACUGGAACUGUGGCGGGGUGCAAUGGAGGACAGAGGUAUGAAAGUGAGUAGGCAAAAGACAGAAUAUCUGAAGCUGAAAGCUAAAGGGGAAGGCGGUGACAACGAAGGGGACACUGAAGUGAAGCUACAAGGAGAGGCAGUAGCACAGGUGAGGGAGUUCAAGUAUCUGGGUUCUAUAGUGGAAGAAGAUGGUGGUUCAGACAAGGAGGUAACCAAAAGGAUCCAGGCAGGGUGGGGAGCUUGGAAGAAGAUCACAGGUGUCAUGUGUGACAAGAACGUGCCAGAGAAAGUAAAAGGUAGACUGUAUAAGACGUUGGUGAGGCCGGCAAUGAUAUACGGAAUGGAAACAGUGGCGGUGACGAAGGUCCAAGAAGAGAGGAUGCAGGUAGCAGAGAUGAAAAUGUUGAGGUGGUCGUUGGGGUUGACAAUAAUGGACAAGGUGAGAAAUGAGACGAUUAGGGAGCGAGUGCAAGUGGGCGAGCUGAAGAAGAAGCUGAGCGAGACAAGAUUGAGGUGGCUGGGACAUGUGACAAGGAGAGAGGAGAGCUAUGUUGGGAAACGAGUGAGACGGUUAACAGUCGGAGUGAAUCCAGACUGCUCCAGCCUCUGGUGCUUUAGGUGGUCAUGGAUCCGUUUCAGAUGGAUGUGGGCAAAAACCUUGCCUGUUAUACUGAGCAGUGAAAUGCCAUGCUUAAAAAAUGCCAUCCUAACCUCAGUUAGGGUAGGAGGUUCCUUGCUGAUGGAUGGGUCUGGCACGGGUGUUGUGACACCAUUUGCAUCCAAGCUAACUGGAGGUUUCAAGCUAUCUUUGUGA